UAAGCCGAAUAAAUUAUGCAAACUGACACGAUAACAUCGUGGUUCUACCACAAAAUUCACAUUAUUUUUCUCUCCAAUAGUGAAAGUGUUCCUCCAAACAGGAAGGAACUACUCCGCGUAAUGUAAUUGCACCUACUAAUAUUUCGAGAGUUAUGUACCUUCGCAAAUAUUAUUUCCUAAACUCAUUAUCAAUCAUUAUCAACACGCGAUUAUUAAAAUUUACGGAUAAAUUAUAAAAUCAUAUGUUUCCAACAAAAACGCGCGGACCGCCGAGUGUGGUAGACCGUGAGGAGUUAAAAAAAUGGAGAAGAUGACAGUGGAACUUGCUAAAGAUGAAGCUGUGCCAUUAGAAGAAGCUAUUGAUAAAGCUGGAUUUGGCCUCUACAGCUACUUACUGAUCUGUCUCACCGGCCUUGGGAUUAUAUCAUUCGUCUGCAUCAGCUAUGGAAGCACCAUCCUCAUUCCCGCGAGCGCCUGUGAGCUGAAGACCACCACUGGUCAGCAAGGGGCGCUCGCUGCAGCGCCGGUAGUAGGCUCAAUCAUCGGCACGCUAGUAUGGGGGUACUUAGCAGACACGCGCGGUCGCAAGAAAAUGCUCAUGUACUCCUUAUUGGGCGCCGCUAAGAUCAACGCCUCCGCUAGCAUCUCUGUCAACUGGAUCAUGCUGAUGUUGUUACAGUUCGUGGCGGCCAUUUUUGCCUCCGGUAUAUAUACGAUGUUCAUGGCUUUAUUAUGUGAGAGCGUCCCGAUGGUAAGGCGUAACAUGGUAGUCCUGUUAGUUACCAGUAUCUUUCUGCUUUCACAGGGUGUAAUGGCAGUUUUGGCCAUACCCAUCAUCCCUCUGAGCUUCUCUAACUACCUCCCGAUAUUGGGCAUCUACUGGAAUUCUUGGCGGACGCUCGUCAUCGUGUACUCUCUGCCGAGCAUUGUCGCAGCAAUCUGCUUAUACUUCAUGCAAGAAAGCCCCAAAUUUGUCUACACCAGGGAGAUAGGGAACAAGCUUUGCAACAUAUAA